GCCACCGUACCGACUCACACUGGAGCAGGAACACGGGCAGUCAUAACGCGAUUAUGUCUGGAUUUUCGCAGUGUUUGUCCAACACACGGAGUUGUAUUUUCCAUCGUGGGCUAUACAGGUUGAUUUAUUAGUGGACGCUGUUAUGUUAUACUAUGGGUAGCUGGUAACAUAGCAGGCCUGUUUAUUGCGCUGCCAACCCUUGUUCCUUUCCUGUCAAUGAUUGUCCUCCCCUCACUCUCAUGGCGGAGACUAAAAUAAUAUAUCACAUAGACGAGGAGGAGACUCCUUAUCUGGUCAAGCUGUCCGUUUCUCCAGAGAAAGUCACCUUAGCGGAUUUUAAAAAUGUCCUCAACAAUCGACCGGUCAACAGCUACAAAUUCUUCUUCAAAUCGAUGGACCAGGAUUUUGGGGUUGUCAAAGAAGAGAUUUCCGAUGACAACGCCAAGCUGCCCUGCUUCAACGGGAGAGUAGUGUCCUGGUUGGUCCUAGCAGAAAGUGCUCACUCUGAUGGAGGAUCUCAGUGCACAGAAAGCCACCCGGAGCUACCCCCUCCUCUCGAGAGAACAGGGGGUAUUGGAGACUCACGGCCCCCAUCCUUCCAUGCCAACGCAGUGAGCAGUCGUGAUGGCCUGGACACCGAGACGGGUACAGAGUCCCUCCUGAGCCACCGCAGAGAGCGAGAGAGAGAGCGCGCACGGAGGAGAGCUCGAGAAACAGAGCUCCCUCGCAUCAACGGCCACUCCAAAUCAGAGCGCACUGCAAGGGACUCGGCCAUGGGUUACGACAGCGCCUCAGUAAUGAGCAGCGAGCUGGAGUCCAGCUCGUUUGUUGACAGUGAGGAAGAUGAAGAUGCUAGCAGGCUCAGUAGCUCCACAGAACAAAGUUCUUCUUCACAGCUGAUGCGCAGACACAAGCGCCGCCGCCGGAGGCACAAAGUGGCUAAAAUAGAUCGGUCUUCAUCCUUCAGCAGUAUCACAGACUCCACAAUGAGCCUCAACAUCAUCACCGUUACACUUAAUAUGGAGAAGUACAACUUUUUGGGUAUCAGUAUUGUUGGUCAGAGUAAUGACCGGGGAGACGGCGGCAUCUACAUCGGCUCUAUCAUGAAGGGAGGAGCUGUGGCUGCUGAUGGCAGAAUAGAACCUGGGGACAUGCUCCUCCAGGUGAAUGACGUAAACUUUGAGAACAUGAGCAAUGAUGAUGCUGUCAGGAUCCUAAGAGAGAUUGUUUCCAAAACUGGUCCUAUUAGUCUUACUGUUGCCAAAUGUUGGGACCCGUCUCCACGAAGCUACUUCACUAUUCCUCGUGCUGAGCCGGUGAGACCCAUCGACCCUGCAGCAUGGAUUUCACACACUACCGCUCUGACAGGACCUUACCCACACUAUGGUAAAUACAACCAACCACCACCUUCAUCACACACUAUGAAACAUGAGUUUGAUGACUUGCCUCUAUCUACAAGUAAAACGGACAUGGCAACCAUUGUCAAGGUGAUGCAGUUGCCUGACUCUGGCCUAGAAAUACGUGACAGGAUGUGGUUGAAGAUCACCAUAGCCAAUGCUGUCAUUGGUGCUGACGUGGUGGACUGGCUUUACUCCAGAGUAGAUGGAUUUAAGGACCGGCGGGAUGCAAGGAAGUACGCAAGCAGUAUGCUGAAACAUGGCUACCUGAGACACACCGUUAAUAAGAUAACCUUCUCUGAACAGUGCUACUACACCUUUGGGGACCUCUGCCAAAACAUGGCAUCGCUCAAUUUAAAUGAGGGAUCCAGCGGUGGAGGCUCUGAGCAGGACACUCUGGCACCGCUUCCUCCCACCAGCAACCCCUGGCCCUUGGGCGGGCAGCCAUUCCCCUACCCUCCCUUUCCCUCCGCACCCCCCAGCUUCCCGCCAGGAUACUCAGACCCUUGCCACAGUUUCCACAGUGGGAGUGCGGGCAGCCAGCACAGCGAGGGAAGCCGAAGCAGUGGAUCAAACCCCAGCGCAGGCAAAGGCAGACGCUCCUCCCCACAGGAGAAGGGUCACAGGUCAACAUGCAGCGAAUCAGAGCCUGGCGUCCGUGGAGGGAGGCGCGGUGAUAGGUCCGCCAGCCAAAUGAGCCAUCACAGCCAUGCCGUCUCCAGUCACAGUCACGCACGAUCAAGUCUAAGUCACAGUCAGUCACACAGGAGCCACUCUGUGUCACAGAACAGCCAUCCCUCCUUCACCUACAGCCACGCACCCUUCACCCAGCCAGGACCAGGCUCCUGUGCCCACAGCGAGCGAAGUCAUGCCUCCUCCUACGGUCCCCCAGGCUUGCCUCCCCCAUAUUGUCUGGCCCGCCUGGCCCCUAAGACCUCAGUCAGCAGCAGCACGCCACCUGGAGCCCCUCCUGGGAGAGAGUUAGCAGCCAUUCCUCCUGAGCUGACCGCCAGCCGCCAGUCCUUCCAGCAUGCUAUGGGCAAUCCUUGUGAGUUCUUUGUUGACAUCAUGUGACAGGACAGUGCCUUUAAAACUCAUCGAGCACAAAACUAUUUUCCCCGAACCCACUCAGCCCCUUCUCUCUUUCCUCUCAGUCUUUUGCCCCUGAACACCUCUAAAUUCAGAAUGUAAACACUGACUGGUGCACUACCUACCCCACUACUAUAUGUCUAUCCCUCUGAUGUCUAAGCAAAGGAAUAUGGGCAGCAAGAGCACAACAGGAGGGAGUCAUCACUCCACGCAAGCACUGGUCCACUGUGGCUGAAAACCCUCUUUUGUAUUGACGUGACGUGUACAGUUUGUGAAACGUGAGUGGUAUUCAAUGUGGUGAUUCUUUAAAGCUGCCACGCAGACAUUCACGGGAAUGUGUAACUAGGAUAUUUUCUGUUCUGCAAGACCUUUAAUCUGGCUGGGCCUGGAUCUCAAUCCCCCAGACCCAGACCAACAUUACAUCUCGCACUUAAGAACAUUUCUCUUGGCCUAUAACAUGGACUGGAUAUCCUGACUCAUGUCUGUGCAUACUGAUAAAACUCAGCACGUUACACCAAACGUCUGGCCCUGUUUCCUUCAUGCUGUGGCAUUGCCACUGACUUAUUUAGCUUACCUGCCAACUAGUAAAACGCUAACCUUAAACAGUUCACAAUUGGUGGAUUUCUUCAUCUUCAUAAGGGAGGCCCUGUAGCCAGCCAUUAGUUUAACUAGGCUGCAUAUUGCAUGACUGUCUCAACUGCUUUAAAGAAAAGAAAUUUUAUUAAUAAAUAUUGUUUAAAGUAUUACCAUUAUUGGGGGGAGGGGUCGCCUCUUGCCAAUGUUCUAAAGGAAGAAUCCAUACACUGGAUGAUUUUUGUGAUGUUAUUUAUGUGAUCAUGUUGCAUUGACGGUGUCAUACUUUGUCUACCACAGCUGACUGACUGACAAUCAGACAUCACCCUUUGUGAAUCAGUGGCCAGUUUCCACUGUCUUAGCUGUGCUUUGUCGAAUGUAUCAUUAUUCCUGUCAGUGAUUGAACCCUGACAUCCAUAACACUUUGGUUUAAACCCAUUUAAGCAAACAAACCAUUUUGCAAACCGGAUUGCAAACAGUGGACACCCACCACAGCUGUGAAAGCAAACUCAAAGGUUGACAUUAGUUAAACCUGCUUUGUCUCGUUCGUAGCGAGUGUGAGCUUCGAUAAAGGUCCGUGCGAUAAAAGCCAAAGCCUCACACUGUGUGGUGGAUAUUUCUUUAAUGUGGGAGAUGUUUAUGAUGUUGGUCUUUUCAUGAUUAUCAUCAGACACUUCUCAUUUUUUGACUACAAAGUGACUUCAAGGGGAAUCCUAAUCUUCAGAUUCUGAUGCCCUUGCAAAACAAUGGCAAACCCCUGUUGUAUCUACCUAGAAUAUAGCUACAGGAGGGAAAUAACACACACACACACACACACACAUACACACUAGUUUUAUGAGCACUUUUCCAUUUUGUCUCUCCCUCCCUUUAGUAUGAAACACUGUUUGCAAUCAAAGCUCUCUUUAAUUUUGUUUCUUUACAAAAGAAGAAUAAAUUGUACAUAGAAAUUUAUUAUAUAUAUGA